AUCUUUCACUUAAAUCCCAGCAGAUGAUCAGUAGAGAUGCCUCGGUCGUUUCUCAUCAAGAAAAAAUCUUUGCACCACAGAGGGGCAGAGAGGACUGUUUCUGGUGCAGGAAGGAACGAACAAAAUGCGUUGCCUCACGUUCCAGAAUUGUCAAAUAUUUACGAAGUCCCUCCCUACAGUACCACAACCCAUUUAUCAAAUAAUGCGAAACCAUUCGAGACUAGUCUUUUUAAUAGAGGUCCAGAAGAAUUAUUAUCAGAACGAAAUCUACAAAAUUUCUUACGAUUGUGUUGUUAUUUCGUUCCAUUCUCACACAGCUCCAGUCCAAAGCCAAGAGUGGAAUUAUUCAGAGAUUGGACAAUGGAACCAUUAUACGAUCCACACAAAAUAUGGAAUCCAUAUUUGCCCAGCAAUGCAACUUCCUUAAAAAAAUCUCCAAUACACACCACUCGAUUGUGGCGGCCAGCAUUUUCUGAAAUCCAGAGUCUGUCGUCCAACGAGAAUUCCAAUAGUUGCAAGUACUGUGGAUCGGCAUGUGAUAAUAGUUUUCUUUUGAACAAUCGAACGUGCUUUAAGUGCUUUUCAUUUAUCGAUGUUAGUCGCGGAAGUCAAGAAAAUUAUGUUCUAAAAUAUGAAAACAAAGAUGUUCCAUCAUCUAGUGUGUGCUCAUCGUUGGAAACGAUGGACAGUGCAUCCAAGAAGAUGAAACAAGAGGAUUCAUUAAAAAUGUUUUCCGAAAAUAAAGUGACUGCUCCAAAACCACUUUUACCUAUCACUCAGAUAGAAAAGCAAAUUCAAGUAAUGAACGAAAGUAAAAAUCGUACAGGAGAACACAAUAUUCGAGAAUUGGAUAGAAUUCAAGAAAAGAAACAAUAUGUCAGGACAUCUUCAACAGGUUGCAAGUCCUUCACUUGCAAACAGUGUGGGAAAUCGUUCAAAAGGUCGUCUACUUUAUCAACACACCUACUUAUUCAUCUGAAUAUAAGACCUUAUUCUUGUACUUAUUGCGGAAAGAGAUUCCAUCAGAAGUCUGAUAUGAAGAAGCAUACUUAUAUUCAUACAGGUGAGAAACCUCACAAAUGUGAUGUCUGUGGAAAAGCUUUCAGUCAAUCUUCUAAUUUAAUUACACACAGCCGGAAGCACUCUGGGUUUAAACCUUUCUCCUGCAGCAAGUGCAGUAGGACAUUUCAAAGAAAAAUUGAUCUUGUACGACACAUGGACUCAAAGCACUACACAACUCUAAAUUACUUAAAUGCACCUCAAAAUACUGCAUCUAGCGAUUAACAUUCACAGAAUUCUAUUAAUUAAAUUUAAUGGCAUUCACAUUACCUUAAGAAUCAAAUGAGCUGCAGGCAUAUUAUGAUUAAUUAUUAUUCUUUUAUGCAAGUUGUAAAUAUAUUUCUGUAACACUAAAAUGUCUUCAGCUAUGCACAAAAAAUUCUUAAAGAAAUUGUAAUAUUAUAUUUUGUUGUUUCAGUUUUGUGAAUAUAUGUUUGUAUAUUUGUAUUAUAAAUAAAAUGCUAUGAUGCAAAAAAGGAUAUUUGGAUUUCUUGUUUCUUUGUAGGUGGAAAGAUAGUUGUUUUUCUCUCUGCUUUUAGAUCCCCCCCCCUUCAAUACAGAGUUUGUAAACCACUAUUUUAGAAUGCAAUUGAGAAAUAGCUUAAACUGAAGCUG